GGCUGCACACAGUCAUCUGACCAACAAGGGCUGUAAAAUCCAGUUUGGAAUUAGAGCAGAUCGGAUUUGGGAGCCAGUCAGGGGGGGAGAGGGCUCAUUCCACCAUCAGUCCAAGUGGUGGUUACACAGACAGUUUUUAUACAGCAACUCCCCGUCCCUCGAUCAGGAACCCCCAUCUUUAAAUAGUCAGGAGAAACGUUUUAGCAACUUUUUCUCUCCCCCCCCCCCCCUUGGGAUACGGGAAGAUGGGAGCCGGAGCAAGCGCCGAAGAGAAACAUUCUAAGGAGUUGGAAAAGAAACUAAAGGAAGAUGCUGAGAAAGAUGCCAGGACAGUCAAACUGCUCCUUCUUGGAGCUGGUGAGUCCGGAAAAAGUACUAUUGUAAAACAGAUGAAAAUUAUCCAUCAGGAUGGUUACUCUGUUGAAGAAUGUUUGGAAUUCAUCUCCAUUAUUAAUGGAAACACCCUCCAGUCAAUGCUUGCCAUUGUGAGAGCCAUGAACACUCUGAAUAUCCAAUAUGGAGACCCUGCCCGGCAGGACGAUUCCCGUAAACUCUUGCACCUGGCGGACACCGUUGAUGAAGGCUCGAUGCCAAAGGAGAUGUCUGACAUCAUUGGCCGCCUAUGGAAAGAUACAGGCAUCCAGGCAUGCUAUGACCGUGCAUCCGAAUACCAACUUAACGACUCAGCUGGCUAUUACUUGAAUGAUCUGGAGAGGUUGGUGACUCCUGGUUAUGUCCCCACUGAGCAGGAUGUGCUGAGAUCAAGAGUGAAGACCACUGGUAUCAUUGAAACACAAUUUGGCCUAAAAGAUCUCAACUUUAGAAUGUUUGAUGUUGGUGGACAGCGCUCUGAGCGUAAGAAGUGGAUUCACUGCUUUGAGGGGGUGACUUGUAUCAUCUUCAUUGCGGCACUAAGUGCCUACGAUAUGGUACUGGUGGAGGACGAUGAAGUGAACCGCAUGCAUGAGAGCUUGCAUCUCUUCAACAGUAUUUGUAACCACCGUUACUUUGCCUCCACCUCCAUUGUACUCUUCCUCAACAAGAAGGAUGUUUUUACAGAGAAGAUAAAGAAGGCUCAUCUGAGCAUCUGCUUUCCAGACUAUGAUGGUCCUAACACAUAUGAAGACGCUGGAAAUUAUAUCAAGACACAGUUUCUAGAGUUAAACAUGCAACGGGAUGUGAAGGAAAUCUACAGUCACAUGACCUGCGCCACAGAUACAGAGAACGUCAAGUUUGUGUUCGAUGCGGUCACAGACAUUAUCAUCAAGGAAAAUCUAAAAGACUGCGGUCUGUUCUAAGGAGAAUUCACCUUUGUUUCCCUUAUUGCCCCAGCAACCCCUGAGUGAGCCCCUCAAGAAUGGAGUAUGCACCCUGCACAUCCUAAAGAGGGAUCUCCUGCACCACCAGAAGAAUGAACCAGCAACUACAGUGUUGUGAAUUAUAGAACUACCUGUCCCCUAAUCAACCAUAAAAGAUGAGGGACUCCAUAUUCCUUCAGAAGCUCCUCAUAGUAAAUUUUCUGUCCAUUGGCGCCUAACCUCUGCAAAGACAUAUAAUUGUAGCAAAGUAUCCCCCCAAAAAUACUUCACUCUCAGAAGAAUCUCUAAUAUGCAAAUCACUUGUCACUUCAGCAGACAGAGGGUAAAAUGUCCAAAUCGCUUGUCACUUCAACAGACAGAGUAAAAUGGCCAAGUUCCUGGGACAAUGGUGAAAUCGUAGGCCUAAAGCAGUAGGAGAGUCAAAUGGAGCGUUGAUAUGGAAGUGUUAAAGGGACACAUCAACCUGUGGGAGCUGCCUGCCUGCUUAUAAGGUACAUUUAUUAACAGGUUGGAGAACACUGACAGAUGUGGUCCUUUAACACUUCCAGUAUUUUGUUGCUGGUCUGUAGAAUGAAUGAGGGAGUCUUGACACUUUCUACGCUAUUUUUUUCCUUUUAUUAAUAAUUUAAUUAUCUCUUUCUGCUUUUAUACUAAAAUCUCUUUAAUUCCCAUACAGAAUGUUUUACUUUUCUGAGCAACAGUGUAUUUCCAAACAUUAUGAUGGGAAAACUAAAGGCACUUUAAAUUUGUUCAAAUUAUCCAUUGUAUUUAACCUCUGUGUUACAAGAGGGGGCCCUUUAGCAGUAACGUAUUGAAUCCUACUCUUUCCAAAAAUGAACUAAGUUUUGUACUUAUUGAAAUGAAGAUCGGUGAACAGGGGCUUAAUACCUUGCUCUUCCUAUAGGGUACCUGGCCUGUAUGUAUGUAAUUUAUUUUUCUAAGUAAAAUGGCAUGUAACUUAAACUGCUCUUUCACCCAUGGUCCAAUGUCAACUGUACAGCUAGACUAUAGAUGCUGUUUCAGGCUUCUGUUAAAUGAAAUGCCGUUAAUAGGUGGAA